CACGCUGUAACUUUGCAUCAAAGCGGCAACUCGCCUCUGCCAAUCUGUCGUCAUUCGCUUCUCUCCGCAGGAUCAUGAGAUAGUAUCUGCAUCGCGUAUUGGUCUUCGUUUCCUUUUCGAGCAUCUAGAUAUCUAGAUACCCGUUUAGAAUUUUGUGUUUUCUCCUGACUCGGCAAAUCCGGGCUCUGUGUCCAAAGUCAUCACCAUGUUGCUUCAGUCUCUGUUGCUGCUGGUGUUUGUCGCCUUUGCGCAGUUGGCGCUUUGCGCUGAAGAUUAUUACAAGGUCCUUGGUGUAGACAAGGCUGCUACCGACAAGCAACUCAAGACAGCAUACCGACAGCUUUCCAAGAAAUUCCACCCCGACAAGAACCCAGGAGACGAAUCAGCUCACGAAAAGUUUGUCGCCGUCUCCGAAGCAUACGAUGUUCUAAGCAACUCCGAAACACGACAGAUCUACGAUCGAUACGGCCACGAGGGAGUACAGAACAGCCGCAAUGGUGGUGGAAACGGUGGCCACGAUCCCUUUGAUAUGUUUAGCCGAUUCUUUGGUGGUCACGGCCACUUUGGCCACUCGUCUCGCGAGCCUCGUGGUCACAACGUGGAGGUCAAGGUCGAAAUUUCUCUCCGCGAUUUCUAUAACGGCGCCACUACUGAAUUCCACUGGAACAGGCAGCACAUCUGCGAGGCUUGUGAAGGUACAGGCAGCGCCGAUAAAAAGGUUGAUCACUGCAAGACUUGCGGUGGUCACGGUGUUCGCAUCGUUAAGCAGCAGCUCGCUCCAGGCAUGUUCCAGCAGAUGCAGAUGCGCUGCGAUGCCUGUGGUGGCCGCGGCAAGACUAUUCAGAAGCUCUGCACAACCUGUGGCGGCGCCCGUGUUGAGAAGAAGCCGACAGCUGUGACUCUCAAGAUUGACCGUGGCGCUGGCCGCGACUCGCGCGUGACGUACGAAAACGAAGCCGACGAAAGCCCCGACUGGGUUGCCGGUGACCUCCUUGUAACCCUUGCUGAACAAGCUCCUUCCCGAGACAACAACCCCGACGGCGUUGACGGCGCAUUCUUCCGCCGCAAGGGCGAUGACCUCUACUGGACCGAAGUCCUGUCCCUCCGAGAGGCCUGGAUGGGAGGCUGGACCAGAAACCUGACACAUUUGGAUGCCCACGUCGUCCGCCUUGGACGCGAAAGAGGGCAGGUUAUUCAAAGCGGACACAUCGAGACGGUACCUGGCGAAGGUAUGCCCAAGUGGCACGAGGACGGCGACAGCGUCUACCACAAGCACGAAUUUGGCAAUCUCUAUGUUACCUAUGAAGUCAUCCUGCCCGACCAAAUGGAAAAGGGCAUGGAGAAGGAGUUCUGGGAGCUUUGGGAGAAGUGGCGCCUCAAGAAGGGCGUUGAUUUGCAAAAGGACAGCGGCCGGCCGAUAAGAGACGAGCUGUGAGUAGCGUUUGUGAACAAAACAGAAAAGCAUGAAUUACUUUUUGGCGGUGUAAGGGGGCGCAUGUAUUGACGCAUUAGAAUGGCGUAGGGUAUAUAUAAAUGAUAGAUUUACACAAGCAGUGCUUGCAGAUAGCACAUGUAACAUCAUUUUCACAACAAAUACUUUUCAAGUCAACCUCCGUGUUACUCAUGGUGAAAGCACAAAUCGUCAUAUUAUUUAUUGCAAACAUAUUCCACGUUCAUAAGAGAAGCAGACAUAACUCAAAAUCAUAAAACAAAACAUAUCUAUCCGUAGACAGCGUUUCUCAUAAAUCCAUAAAAGUUUCUCAUAAAGCAGCAAAAACAUAUCAAUCUUCCAGACGCGAUCUCCGCUUCCUUCGCGAGCCGCUAUUCUCAUCAGCCGGUCUGUCCUCUUCUCCGUUGCCAAUUCGCUGCGAGCUUUCAGGCGCUCCGAGGGAGCCAUUCAAGACUUCGCCAACGACGUUCAUCCAGCUCUUUCGUCCAUCCAAGGCAUCCGUAAAGUCCUUUGUCAGCUUUUCAACAGCUGCUUCGUUGGUGCCUCCAAUAUGCCAUGCCCCCUUCAUGCUCCAGUCACCUGGCUUUGUUGGUUGCCGUUCGAAUUGCCAGAUCGGCUAGUCCACCGCUUUUGCUUGACUUGUUGGCCAUCAAGUGACUCCCCUUGUCGGUUGAACCGUCUGGGUAGUUCCUCAACAUCAUCAGAAUCAGAAUCAGACAGCGAGCGAUGAUGAGAAGGACCACCAAACGAUCUUGGGUCAUGUUCAAACCGACCGUCGUCUUCAUCGGAUGACUCAAUCUCUUCGUUUUCAGCGCGGCUCUGCGCUGCUUCUUGUCCGCGUUUAUGUCGCUCCAUCGUUUUCGUACUCUUGGGCGACAUGGGGAUGAAAGUGACAGAUUUAGAGCCGCUGGGAUUGCCUUGUACCCCUUGUCCACGACUGACAUUAUUUACAGACCCUACUUAAAUCGAACAGUCAGCAAGACAAUUUCCUAAUGGUCUUCUAUGCUUCAUGAGGAGACGGCUGACGCACCAUCCGCAUGCUGUGAUUGGUAAAGAUCACGGCGGGCAGCUGGACUUACAUGUUCAGGAGCUUGGUUAGAACCAGGUGGUGGCCCAGGAGGAGGACCUGGAGGGGGUGGAGGACCAUAGUUGGCAGGUCCCGUAUUGGGAGCAGGAGGGGGACCAGGUGGUGGAGGUGGCGCAUAUCCCAUAUCUUGAGGAACGUAGUAUUGUUGGUUAUCGUAAGACUGGGCUGCAGAAGGACUGCCAUAUGGCGCUCCAGGUGUUGGCGGGUAUGGGGGAUAGUAUGCGCCACCUGAUGCAGUUGGUGGUGAUUGCGGACGCUCAUCGUGCUCAUCAUAUCGUCUUUCAUGGCGUCUUUCAUCCUCAUAUCCUGUUCAAUGUUAGAUGAGACCUCAUUGCAGCACAAAGUUACGGUGACCUACUCUCUUGGCUUCUUUCCCGCGAGUGUCUGUCUUCGUCUCUCUUCUUUCUAUCCUUCCUGUUCUUAUACUCUUUGAUCCCCAUCGCGGCAGCGCCGGCAGCUGCGCCGGCAGCAGCCAUGUUUCUAAGCCUACUUCUGCUUCUGCUACGGUCCCUGCCCUCAUCAGAGUCUGAUCGUGACGCCGAUCGGUCUCGGUCUCGGCGUCGGCGUCGUCGGUCCUCUCGUUCGCGAUCCGGAGAAAGAGGCGCAUCUCCAUAUUCAACUAAGCCUAGCUCACGAUCAGCGUCGCGAUCAGAUUGGUGGGAUCGGGCAAUCGACCUGCUGCGGCUGCGGCUUCUGCUAUAGUCUCGCCGCCCGUAGUGGUCCCGGUCAUCGACAUCUCUACUAGCAGCUCUGGACUGUGAACGAGAGCGCUCCUUCUUUUCUUGGUGGUUCUUCCACAUCUUUCCAGCGAUUCCAGCGGCGGCAGCGGCACCAGCAAUUUCAGCACCACGGCGCAGCUUGGACUUGCUGCGAGAGCCCUUUCUGGAUCGGGAUUUGCUGAAAUGACGAAUGAUUCCAGCGGUGGCUGCAGUACCCAGAGCAGCCUUGGCUGCGGUUGAGAGGCUUCGUUUGCCACUCUUGGCUCGCGAGCGAGAACGAGAGCCUUCAUCACCGGAGUAGUGACCGCGCGUGCGGCUUCGGCCACGAUGAGCCUCUUCCUUUUCAAUCUUGUCUGACUGAAGGUAUUUGGCGGCACCAGCUGCUGCUAAAGCAACGGCGGCGAUACCGAAACCCGUCUUCAGCCUCGAGUGUGCGUCGGGUGACUCGCGCCCGUCACCCCAUCGUUCCUCGUAGGCGCUGUGAGCCCGUUUCAGGACUUCUGUUCCAAGAGCGCCAAGUGCAGCACCGGCAAUGAUCUUACGGCCUCGGUUUUCGGGGAGUUCGCCAUAUUCAUUGCGCUUGCUUUGCAUGAGAGCAGUCACACCAGCACCAGCAAGGGCUCCUUCAGCUAGAUGCAGCUUGUGAUGGCGUCCGCCACUGCUGGAGCGGCUGCGGCUGCGGCUUCGACUUCGGCGACGAUGUCGGCGAUGAUGGUAGUAAUCGUCCUCAUCGCUGUAAUACCACUGUUCCCUAUCACGGCGGGGAUCGUAGCGGGCCAUGGCAUAGUCUCUCUCGCCUCUGUAUGGGCCAAGAUCGCGCCGGUCAUUUCGGUAAUAGUAGUCAUCUUCGUAAGGGUCCCUGCUGCGCACAACCUCUCUAUCCAUUUCACGCUCACGCAAAACAACCACUCCGGGAUCUUGGCGGUAGUUUCCAUAUGACGCUUGAGAAGGAGCUUCCGAAACAAUGAUUUUCUGAGAUUCGGGCGCUCGUUGGCGGACUACCAACGGAGCAGGAUUUGGGUCUGCUUGGGUGUAGUAUUCUGUCUCCUUGCGCACACGGUCUAUCUCGUUGCCUCGUGAGUCCUCGACAGUCUCUUCCACUUUGCGUUCGACUUUGACUUGCUCCUCAUUGCGUGAGCGUUUAUCCCAGUUGUCGCUCUCGCGAGACUCUUGGGUCACAAAUCGAGUGCGAUCUGGAGUUUGGCGUUGGUCGCGCUCAAUAUCGCGCUCGUAAAUGUAGGUUCGAGAUCGUUCUGUUCCCGGUUCAAAUGCUGAGCGAGGGCGGUCCCCGGGCCAGCGUCUAUCAGCGUCCAGGAGAUCAUUUGAAGUGCGCCGAGAGUAACGGGAGCGGCGGUCUUCCUCUACUUCAACAUAGCGGUCAUCGCGUCCUGGGCCGACUUUGUAGCGAGUUACUGUAGUGCUUCGAUAACCACCGUCGUCGUCCUCAUCACGGUAAACCCGGGUAGACCGGUAUCCGUCGCCCAUGGUUGCUAAAACGCCAGGUAGACGUAGUGCGGGGUGUAUAAGUCGAGGUGGGCUAUGUGGGUUGAAGAAAAGGAUCGAGGCUGAAUACCAGUCUGGAAAUAUGGCAGUCACCUCUGCUUCGGUCGUCUUUCACUUGAAAUCUUGGCGUGCCAACUUGGAAAGAGGUAAUAAAAGCUGAAGCCUUGGAGGGGGCAGAUGACGAUGAGGCAGCUG